GCCGGCCGGCCCCACUCGCGCAGCGCGAUUGUGCGCGGGUCGCAUUGUCUGCCGCGCCGUCCCGCCCGCUGGCCUCGUCCCGCGCCGCCGCUGCCCGCGCGCCCCGGGCCCCUCACCGAGCACCGCUCGCGGGAUUCCGACGCGGGAAGGGGGCGCGCCCGGGCGGCGCAGCGGGCCUCGGACGCCCCCGGCCCCGCACGGAGCAGCCGCGGCAGCAGCAGAGUCUCUCCAGGGGGAGGGUCCCCAUCCUACCUCGUCAUGUCCCGCCGAAGCCAGCGCCUCACGCGCUACUCGCAGGGUGACGAUGAUGGCGGCAGCAGCAGUGGAGGGAGUUCGGUGAUGGGGAGCCAGAGCACCCUGUUCAAAGACAGUCCUCUCAGGACCUUGAAGAGGAAAUCCAGCAACAUGAAGCGCCUCUCCCCAGCGCCCCAGCUGGGCCCCUCCUCCGAUGCACACACCUCCUACUACAGCGAGUCAGUGGUCAGGGAGUCCUACUUUGGCAGCCCCCGGGCCUCCUCCCUGGCUAGGAGCUCCAUCCUCGACGACCACCUGCAUAGUGACUCCUACUGGAGUGAGGACUUGCGGGGGAGGAGGAGGAGGGGUACGGGUGGCACGGAGAGCAGCAAACUCAACGGGCUUGCUGAGAAGAAGAGCUCCGAGGACUUCCUGGGCUCUUCCUCAGGCUACUCUUCUGAGGAUGACUUCGCAGGAUACUCGGAGACUGACCACCGUGAUUCAGGUUCACAGUUAAGGAACGCCGUCUCCUGGGCAGCCUCUUGUUUCUGGACGCUGGUCACUUCUCCAGGCCGGCUCUUUGGCCUCCUCUACUGGUGGGUUGGCACCACCUGGUAUCGCCUGACGACAGCUGCCUCUCUUCUCGAUGUCUUCGUCUUAACCAGGCGCUUCUCGUCUGUGAAGACAUUCCUGUGGUUCCUCUCGCUGCUGCUGCUCGUGACCGGCCUGACCUACGGCGCUUGGUAUUUCUACCCGUAUGGGCUGCAGACAUUCCACCCUGCGGUGGUUUCCUGGUGGGCAGCGAGGAGCAGCGGCAGACAGCAGGACGUGUGUGAGUCCAGAGACUCCUCCCACUUCCAGGCUGAGCAGCGCAUCUUGUCCCGGGUCCACUCUCUGGAGCGGCGUCUGGAAGCUCUCGCUGCUGAAUUUUCCUCCAACUGGCAGAAGGAGGCUAUGCGGCUGGAGCGGCUGGAGUUGCGGCAGGGAGCCGCUGGCGGGGGAGGCCACGUGGGCCUGAGCCAGGAGGACACCCUGGCACUUCUGGAGGGACUGGUGAGCCGCCGUGAGGCUGCCCUGAAGGAGGACUUCCGCAGGGACACCGCCGCUCGGAUCCAGGAAGAACUGGUCACCCUGAGAGCAGAGCAUCAACAAGACUCUGAAGACCUCUUUAAGAAAAUUGUCCAGGCUUCCCAGGAGUCUGAGGCUCGACUCCAGCAGCUGCAGUCUGAGUGGCAAAGGAUGACCCAAGAGGCCUUCCGAGAGCACUCCAUGAAGGAGCUGGGGCGGCUGGAGGGCCAGCUGGCAGCCCUGAGCCUGAAGCAGAGCUCGGUGGCAGACCAAGUGGGCCUCCUGCCCCAGCAGCUGCAGGCCGUGAGGGAUGACGUGGAGUCUCAGUUCCCCGCCUGGGUCAGUCAGUUCCUUCUCCGAGGUGGAGGAACCCGCACGGGGCUCCUUCAGCGAGAAGAGAUGCAAGCUCAGCUGCAGGAGCUGGAGAGCAAGAUCCUUGCCCACGUGGCUGAGAUGCAGGGCAAGUCAGCGAGGGAGGCCGCGGCCAGCCUGGGGCUGACGCUGCAGAAGGAAGGUGUGAUUGGGGUGACAGAGGAGCAGGUGCAGCGCAUUGUAAACCAGGCCCUGAAGCGCUACAGUGAGGACCGCAUAGGGAUGGUGGACUACGCUCUGGAAUCAGGAGGAGCUAGUGUCAUCAGCACCCGGUGUUCCGAGACCUACGAGACCAAGACGGCCCUCCUCAGCCUCUUCGGCAUCCCCCUGUGGUACCACUCGCAGUCACCCCGGGUCAUCCUCCAGCCAGAUGUGCACCCAGGCAACUGCUGGGCCUUCCAGGGGCCCCAGGGCUUUGCCGUGGUUCGCCUCUCUGCCCGCAUCCGCCCCACUGCUGUCACCUUAGAGCAUGUCCCCAAGUCCUUGUCGCCCAACAGCACCAUCUCCAGUGCCCCCAAGGACUUCUCCAUCUUUGGGUUUGAUGAAGACCUACAGCAAGAGGGGACACUUCUCGGCCAGUUCACCUACGACCAGGAUGGGGAGCCCAUUCAGACCUUCUAUUUUCAGGACACUAAAAUGGCCACAUACCAGGUGGUAGAGCUACGGAUCUUGACUAACUGGGGCCAUCCCGAGUACACCUGCAUCUACCGCUUCCGGGUGCAUGGGGAACCCACCCACUAGGCCUUUUCUGCACUGCGGCCAGCCAGCUGGGAGUCCAGCCCCUCUCAGCACGUGCCCCCUUCUCUGGGAAUGGGAGAGCAGCACCCUGCCACUUCCCCACAUGCUUGACCAGCGCACGGACUUCCAGGAGCAAGAACCCCUGGCCCGAUGGAGCUGAGAAUAUAUAGGGCUUUCCUAGCAGCAGGACAGCUCAAGGUGGACAGCAAGCUCCAGUGUCCCUUUUCUUUGUCCUCCUUGUGCCAGGCAUGGGGUGUCUACUUCCCCCUCUUGGGAUGGUGUAUAUAUGUAGCAUAUCAUGGGGGAUUGAAAGACAGGGAGAGAGGCAAUGAGUGGACAUGUUCCAGCAAAGGUGGGUGUAACCUGUCUGCCCCUUAAACAGGAUGGGGGCUGGCACCCAGGGAGCUGCUGUUGGUAGGUGUGUGAAUGAAGCAGGUGCCAAAGCCGUGGGUGGGCUAUAAGUGAGGACCUGGGGCAAGUGAGCUGCCCUCAUCCACAGGCAGGGAAGUGAGGUCCUCUGGGAGGAAAGUGCUUGUGGUGCAGGUUGGGAUUGAGCCCCAGUCAGGAAGCUCCUUGUACAGGGCAGCUGGGCUCUUCCAGAAGUCUAGUGCCAUCAACCUAAGGGAGCUUGACCCAUGAGGUCCCCCAAAGGCCUCACUACACUGUAUUUGGUCUGGGUCACAGUGGGCCCUUGAGCUUCCCAUGCCCUCGAGGGUCUGGCUCCUAUGAGCCUCUGAGGGCCCGGGGGGCCAACCUGUAGGAUUCCCACUCUGCUGGGGCUAGUUGCUUUCUCUCUCUCUCCUGAUGCUGGGACCGGGGCCUACUCUGCUCCCCGUUCCUGCUAGGGCCUACCUGUGCCCCAGAGCAAGCUUGUCACAUUCCCCCAGGGGGAAGGGAGCCUAGACCAGUUUUUUGAGGCCAUAAGCAACUGGGGUAAGCUUAAAAGGGUGAGGAGCAGGGUAUUCCCUAGGCUCUCGGGAUGGUCCAAUGAGUAUGAUGGUAACAUUCAAGGUGUCAUGGUGGGAAGAGGUCUGUCUACUGUGGGCCCCCAUCCUAGUCAGGCCCCUGACUAUAAGGGCCCUGAUCCUCAGCUACCCCCUUGAGACUCUUUCAAGCUCUUGCUCAGAUUGUUUCCUUUCUGGCUCAUUUUCUAUGGGGGGUGGCAUUCAGGGGUGGUGGGCAGCGGGGAGAUAGGGCUUUUAGACCCAAGCAGGCCUGCUGUAUUAUGUAUAUAUUUUUCAAGGUCUGAUUUUUAACUGAAAAGCUUUGGGCUUGAUUCCUAGCCCCGUUCUGUGGGGCACUGGCUGAUUUCAGUUCCUUGUAACCCAGCUGCCGCGAGGGGCUGCUGUGGAGGCAGGUGCCCCAGGAGCAGGGCUGAGCCCCAGAUGGGCUCGUAGGGGAGGAAGCUGGAAGGAAGAGGAGGCCCAAGGCCACCUCUGGUCCUCUGGCAGUGGCCCCAUCCCAGAUAACCAGGUUUCGUUUUCCGCUCUCCUGUCACAAAUGCUGCACUAUUGGCUCUGAAUUUUUUAUCUCCACAUUCUAAUUUAUGCCUAUGCAAAAAAAAAUAAAUUAUGCCCAGGAUUCA